UAAACCACAUUGGGAGCGGACAGUUUGAAGACGUGCGACCAGAGACACAGUUUGAGGAAUACUCGGAUUAAUGUCAUUUAUUUUUCGUCUGUCUAUGAGCAAGACCACGACCAAGUAAAUUAUAUUUGGCGGAUUUAAACAAGCACUUUUUACUAGGGAGAACUCGAGAACGACCUUCAUUCAUGUUGAGGUGAAGAGACUUGUCAGCACACUUGUUGAUUGUUAAAUAUUUGUUUGUAUUAUUUAGCCAAUAGUGUAAUAGCCUAUAGUUGAAUUGAACAGAAAAAAAUCGAAUGUAUAAACCAAAUAUGUAGACACUUUAUCUGUAGCCUAUACUUAUUUUUGUCUCAUUUGGAUUUUUGUAGUUUUUUGCCCGUUUUUAUUUUUCGAAAUAAUCCACAUUCCCUGCAACCUACGAUGUUCCCUUGUCCGGUUUAUGUUUUUGAAUAGCCUUCAUUCGGAUUUGCACUAUCCACUAGUUGGGGCACAAGACCCCACCUGUUGCAUUUCGAGGCAAAACUCAAAACAGAAAUGUCACAGCUAGAGGUCGACGUGGCCGGACUGAGUUUCUCCAAAUUACCUGCUGGGUUCGACGCCAACUCCUGCUUCCCUGGCCGAAUACCACCAAGGCGAAGGAGACACUCGGCAAACUCCAGGAGAAACUCGUACAGGUUGAGCAAAAUAAAUACCUUGGAUUUGGAGCCUGAAGUUUACGAUGAUGCCCCUCUCUCCAAAAGUCACUCCUGGUCUGCUGAUGAUAUUUUAGCAGAAACAGCGGCAGAGGAGAAAAAAGUGGACUCAUCAGUACCAGCCUCACCUGUCUCAAGCCCGGGAACGAGCACGUGCUCACCUCCUGGUACCCAAGCAUCAGACCCCAAACCACCUCUUGAUACCUGGGACGCGCCACAGCCCAGCUCGCAAGUACAGGGCACAAGUUCAGAUUCCGAGGAAGAAAUCAUUGACAAAAAGGUCAUUUUAUCUCGAGCUCCAUUUGAAAGACAACGGGAGCAAGAGGAAAAGGAUGAAAUUGAAACCAAAGCCGUGGCGACGUCACCUGAUGGAAGGUUCCUCAAAUUCAACAUUGAAAUUGGGAGAGGGUCGUUUAAGACGGUGUACAAAGGCCUGGAUACGGAGACAACAGUAGAAGUGGCAUGGUGUGAGCUACAGACGCGGAGGCUGACGAAGGUGGAGCGYCAGCGUUUCAGUGAGGAGGUGGAGAUGCUGAAGGGGCUGCAGCACCCCAAUAUCGUCCGCUUCUACGACUCCUGGAAGGACAACUGCAAGGGCCACAAGUGCAUCCUUCUGGUCACCGAGCUCAUGACRUCAGGCACCCUCAAGACGUACCUGAAGAGAUUCAAGGAGAUGAAGCUGAAGCUGCUGCAGCGCUGGAGCCACCAGAUCCUGAAGGGCCUCCACUUCCUCCACACCCGCACCCCGCCCAUCAUCCACAGGGACCUCAAGUGUGACAACAUCUUCAUCACCGGCCCCACAGGCUCCGUCAAGAUCGGCGAUCUGGGCCUGGCCACACUAAAGAGUGCCUCGUUCGCCAAGAGUGUCAUUGGUGAGUCUCCCAACUACCCACAGCCACAGCACUUCAUGACGUCGGUGACAUAUCUAACAGUUCAUCUUUUCCCCUCUCCUUCUUUCUCCUCACAGGGAAUUAAGCCGGACAGCUUCUUCAAAGUAAAAGUCCCUGAGUUGAAAGAGAUCAUAGAGGGAUGCAUCCGCAUAAAUACAGACCAGAGGUACACCAUCCAAGACCUGCUGGAACACACCUUCUUCAAGGAGAACAAUGGCGUCCAUGUUGAGCUGGCGGAGGAGGACGACACGGUGAAGUCUGGCCUGAAGCUGUGGCUGCGUAUGGACGACACCAAGAAGCUGCAUGGGAAGUACAAGGACAACAACGCCAUUGAGUUCCUGUUUGAACUCUACAAGGACGUACCCGAGGAGGUGGCUCAGGAGAUGGUGGUGCUGGGCUUCGUCUGUGAGGCAGACUACAAGCUGGUGGCCAAAGCCAUCCGGGACCGCGCCACCGCCAUCAAGCGGCAGCGGGAGAAGCAGCGCCGGAUGGCCGAGGAGGCCUUGCGCCAACAACAGGAAACUGUCAUUGAGGAAGAACCAGAGUUGGCUCCCGAGCCAGAACCGCCCACCCCCAAACCUCAAAUAGCCCUUCCCAUUAAACCGCCCAACCCCGCCCCUGUCUCGGCACCCCCUGCCCAGACCCCGCCCACUCCGACGGUGUCGGGGCCGGUGAUGUCCAUGGCUAACGGCUCGGGGGAUUCGGGGAUAAACGCCAGCUUCACAGCAGAGACGGAGGAGCAGGAGGCAGACCAGCGGCUGCACUACAACAUCAGAGACGCCAGCUACUCCUCUGCCACGUCCGACUGCGAGAUGGAUGGCUACCUGAGCUCCUCUGGCUUCCAGGAUCCCGGGGAUCCCCAUCUCCAGCCUCCUGUUAACUCCGCCCCUUCCUCCAUCACUCCUGUUUUGUUGCCCCUGGAGAUCCCUCGCAUCGAGGCCCUGGCCAUCAAGGCUCCUCCCCCUGACGCUCCACCAAUCCCGGCUCUCCGCUUCCCCUCGAGUAUCGCUGUAUCCAACACUACCAUGCCCCAGUCAGGAAAUGCCAGUGGUUUCUCUUCUCCUAUCGACAGCUAUGCCUCUGAUGUGACAUCAGGCUUGAGUGAUGGCAAUGAGGGUCUAUCAGAAAAGAGUGCCAACAAACGUACCGGUACCAAGCUCUUCAGGAGGAGAGCCCGCUCACGCUUACGAAUCACUGGGUUGUCUGACAAAGUGGACCGUGUGGUGGAGUGUCAGCUCCAGACUCACAACAGUAAGAUGGUGACCUUUAAGUUUGACCUGGACGGAGACAACCCGGAGGAUAUUGCUGCUGUCAUGGUCCACAAUGAGUUCAUCCUUCCCUCUGAGCAGGAGGGCUUCAUCUACCGCAUGCGUGACAUCAUCAAGCGUGCAGAGGCCCUGAUGAGAAGGGGUGAGCCCCUGAGUCUGGGGGACGCUGCCCAGCAGCUCUACCCCUACCUCAGCGAAGUGGGCACCCUGUCUGCCUCGCAGCCAAACUUACACGCRCAUGGACUGGAACGGACACAUUCCUCUUCAUCUUUGCCCGACUUUGCUGAGGGCAGCGUUGCUCAGCUCCGAUGCUCGUCUCCUGUGGCGCCUGUUGGAGACUUCUACAUCGACCCAAAGGCGGUCCCUUCUGUUCGCCCCCUCCGCUCUCAGUCCUUCCAGACCACGUCAAGUUCUUCCCAGACCUUCCACCCGCCUGCUUCCCAUUACCCCCAGUAUUCCCACCCCGAGGCCGUGCCCCCCAUGAUGCCCCUCAAUCAGCUGCCUCCCCUGCCCCAGCAGUACCCCAAGCCCCCCUAUGUCCCCAACACCCACUUUCCUUUCCCUUACCCUGUCACCCAGACCUCCUCAAAGCCCGCCAGCACCCCCCUCACCCCCGAGACCCUCCACCGGGUCCUAAGCAACUCCAACCUCUCCUCCUCUUCCCCAUCCCCUUCCUCCUCCCCGGCCAAGCCGGCCACCCCAGGGCAGCAGCAGGGGGGUGAAACAUUACCUCUGAAGGGUGAGGUAGUGGGCAGUACCCCCCAGCCYACCCCUYCAGCYCAACAGCAGCAGAACCCAGGCAUGUGGCCCCCCAACAGCCACAACCAGCCCCUCUUUUCCCUGGCCAACGUGUUGUCCCUGGCCAUGAGCGUSGCCCAGUCCUUCAUGCCCCCCACCUCCAUGCCCAGCGGUCUGAACCCAGCCCAGUCUGGCYCCUACCACCCMUCCAUGUUUGGCCCUCCCCAGCUGAUGCCAGGGGAGGRCCCCUACCAACCCCAGGGCMAGAUAACAGCRGGCCAGUAUCUGGACAUGUGCCAGCAGUAUGCAGACACCCAGGCUCUGCACCAACAGRGCCUGUUGAAAGCCAACGUAGCCCCAGGGUYACCCCAGCCUGGCGGRCUAGUGGAUGGGACUGCUUUCAGGCAAGCUGGCUCCAGCCUCUCUCCUCCAGGAUCCAGGGCGAGUCCMCAGAUGUAUUGCCASCUGGGGCCCAGGGUGGGGUUCCAGGAGCARACAGACAGCUCAGCCUCCACCUCUAUCACCAGCUCCCCCUCCUCCUCYKCUCCAGMCAGCCCACAGAGCACCGUGUCUUCACCCAAGCUAAGAACCUCUUCACCCCUGGUGGUGUCAGAGUCGGGAGCAAACGCUGCCAAAAACAGACUGUCACCUAUCUCUGAGGAGAAAAAGCCUACAGUUACCGUCGGCCGUUUCCAGGUCACACCCAGCAGAGAGAUCCCUGCAGCCUCCGCUAGCCCCGCCCAGGAUCCUCCCCAAACCCACCCACAACACCAAACCCCGCCCACAGUCACCGUUAGCACCAGCCCUUCCUCCCGGGACAGUGAAUCUGAUACCAGCACCGAGGAGCAGGGGGGCGAAUCAGAAAGCAGCAUUAGCACUGUAACCGUGUCCCCUCCCCAGCGAUCCCCCGGCGGGCCCCUGUGUAACAUAGACAUCGCCCACUCCUUGUCUGGAGGCCCUAAGCAGACAGAGCAGGAGGACCAGCAGGAGAGUGAGGAGGAGCCCGACAAAGAGCCCGACAAAGAGCCCGACAAGGAGCAAAAGGAGGGAGAGGAGGAUGAGGAGGAGGAGCUGAGRAGAAGGGGGGGCCGGAGGCUGAGCCUGAGCCUGUGGGAGGGUACAGCGGGGAGCCCCCAGUUUAGCGGGAGCAAUCUGAACCAGCCCUGGAUGAGCUACACACGCAGCGCCUCGUAUGUCAGCAGUGACGAGACAGAGAGCGAGAACGAGGAUAUGUGCGAGGAGCUACAGGAACUCAGGGACAGGCACCUGUCAGAGGUGCAGGCCCUCCAGCUCACUCAGAAGAGGGAGAUUGAGGCRCUGUAUGAGCGGAUGGGAAAGGUGCCUCCCCUUGGCAUCAUGUCCCCCGCCGCCAUGCUCAACAACCGCCAGAGGCGYCUCUCCAAGAGCGGCAACUAYCCCGGSUYGCGUAGGAACAGCCUGCAGAGACUGGAUAUACUGCCCCCUGCAGUGAGACGCGUCUCCCUGUGUGAUCCGGAGGAUUGGGGGUUGGGGCAGGUGAUACUGUGGCCAGCCGCCUCCCCUCCCAACCACCAACCAGGAAGAGAGGGAGCCCAAUGAUGACCAAUAAGUUGCCCAGCCCAGUGCUGAACAGAUAGCUCCCAGCCUGAGCCUUGGGAUGGGGAAACCGGAUGGCCAGAAGACAUGGGCCUUUUCUCAAUUGGAUUUGCUCAACUCCUGCGUCCUCUUUCCUCUGUCCUCUCUCGCCUCCUUUUGAAAAAGGUAAUUGAGGAGAGGUAGCAAAGAGAGUGAACGAGGACGAAAAUGGGCUUGUAAGAAAUUAGACUUUUUCUCCACUCAGGCAAAUGACGUUUACAGGGAUGGAUCCCAAAAUAAAUUUGUUGAGUGAUAAAAACAAA